AUGUCUCCCGAACGCCCACGCCACCACCAACGCCGCCCGACCUACCCUCUCGCCCAUGCCACGCGGCAGAAACCCCGCCGCAUCCCACUCGUUCUCCGCGUCUCAAAAGGCUCCGUCCACGCCUCCAUCGCCGUCCCCGUCCUCCUGCACUCCCUCUUCACGGUGCUAAUCGUCUACCUCGACCGCCACGUCGGCAACAUCGGGCUGCCGGCGCUCAUCAUCCCCUCGCUGUCCAUCGUGGUGGGGCUGAUGCUCGUGUUCCGCAACAGCACGAGCUACGACCGGUUCUGGUCGGGCCGGAACUGCUUGACGACGAUCGGCACGUGCGUGCGGAACCUCACGCGGAGUUUCCUGGUCAGCGCGACGCCGAAGCCGGGCGAGGUGCUGGCGGAGGCGGAGCGCGAGGAUGUGGAGAAGACGGUGUGUGUGCUGGUCGCGGUGUUGUAUGCGGUGAAGCAUAAUCUGCGCGCGGAGUAUAACAUCCCGCCCGCGUCUACGCUCAACGGGGAUGGCGCGGGUGCUGGGGAGGGCGAGGUGGAGCAGGGGAUCACGGCGGCGAAGGCGGAGUAUAUCUCGCUGCUGCCGGAUCACCUGGUUGGGUUCGAGGACCAGGGGCUCAGUCUGCCGCUGCAGCUGACGGUGCUGGUCGAGGCGUAUAUCCGGCGCGCGUUUGAGCGGGGGUGGGUGCAUGGGCCGCAGGCGAGCCAGCUCACGGUGCAGGUGAAUACGCUCGUGGAUGCGUAUGGGAGGAUGGAGACGAUUCGGAGUACGCCGAUGCCGGUGGCGCAUUUGAUUCAUCAGAAACAGGUGCUUGCUCUCUUCAAUUGCGUCCUUCCCUUCGCUACGGUCGAUGACUUUGGGUGGUGGGCUGUGCCGAUUGUUGCGAUUGUCGCAUUCACACUGUAUGGGAUUGAGGGGAUAGGGGUUCAACUCGAAGACCCGUUUGGAUAUGACAAGAACGAUAUCAAGAUGGAUGGGAUUAUUGAAGAUACGAGACGGGAGGUUAUGGUGCUUCUUGAUGCGUGGAAGGCGAAGAGGAGUGGAAGCGGUAUGCAUGGGGGGAUGUUUGAGUAA